CCCAGACCUGACAACAAGCUAUCGGAUGUGAGCCUUUGAUAUGGGCACUGCGCUGGCAUUUAAAUGAUUCGGUUAACUAAGAGGCAAAUUAACAAAACCUACGCACAUUUCAUUGUCAUUAAGUGUACACGAUAGUUGCUUCCCUGCCCUCUCACCAUGCCGAGCAAUAAGCAUGACAAGCCUGAGGGCAAUGAUAAUGUCAAGGUGGUGGUGCGAUGUCGUCCCUUCAACCAGAAAGAGAAGAUGAUGAACCACAAACAGGCCGUCCAUGUUGACGAGAUCCGUGGGACCAUAGAGGUUAACAAACUGGAGACCCCCCAUGAGCCCCCUAAGACUUUCACAUUUGACACCGUGUUUGGACCGGACAGCAAACAGCUGGAUGUCUACAACCUCACUGCACGCCCCAUCGUUGACUCAGUAUUAGAGGGUUACAAUGGCACCAUUUUCGCAUAUGGGCAAACUGGCACAGGAAAAACCUUCACCAUGGAGGGUGUGAGAGCAGUGCCAGAACUCAGAGGGAUAAUCCCAAACUCCUUUGCUCAUGUUUUUGGUCACAUUGCCAAGGCAGAGGGUGACACGAGGUUUUUGGUUCGUGUUUCGUACCUGGAGAUCUACAAUGAGGAAGUGCGAGACUUGUUGGGAAAGGAUCAGUUGCAGAGGCUCGAGGUGAAAGAGAGACCAGAUGUCGGCGUGUACAUAAAAGACCUCUCUGGUUACGUUGUGAACAAUGCCGAUGACAUGGACAGGAUUAUGACUAUGGGCCACAAAAAUCGGUCUGUCGGUUCCACCAACAUGAAUGAACACAGCUCCCGCUCCCACGCUAUCUUCACCAUCACCAUCGAGUGCAGUGAGAAGGGAGUAGAUGGAAACCAACAUGUGCGCAUGGGGAAACUUCAUCUGGUUGAUCUUGCAGGUUCAGAGAGACAGGGCAAGACUGGAGCCACAGGUCAGCGUUUAAAGGAAGCGACAAAGAUCAAUCUCUCUCUCUCCACGCUGGGUAACGUCAUCUCUGCCCUGGUGGACGGCAAAAGCACACACGUGCCAUACAGAAACUCCAAACUAACCCGUCUGCUGCAGGAUUCCCUGGGAGGAAACUCCAAGACCAUGAUGUGUGCGAAUAUAGGCCCUGCGGACUAUAACUACGAUGAGACCAUCAGUACCCUGCGUUACGCUAACAGGGCUAAAAACAUCAAGAACAAAGCCAGGAUCAAUGAGGAUCCAAAGGAUGCCCUGUUGCGCCAGUUUCAGAAGGAGAUUGAGGAGCUAAAGAAGAAACUAGUGGAAGGUGAAGAGAUCUCUGGCUCAGAGGGCAGUGGAUCAGAAGAGAUGGAUGAAGGUGAUGACGAAGGAAGGGGGGAAGGAGAAUGCCGCAGGAGAAGAAGAGAAGAAAGAGGGAAGAAGAAGGUUUCCCCGGACAAGAUGGUGGAGAUGCAGGCAAAGAUCGAAGAGGAAAGAAAGGCCUUGGAGGCCAAGCUGGACAUGGAGGAGGAGGAGAGGAACAAGGCAAGAGCAGAGCUGGAGAAGAGGGAGAAGGACCUUCUUAAAGCUCAGCAGGAGCAUCACCUUCUGCUGGAUAAAUUGUCGGCCUUAGAGAAGAAGGUGAUCGUGGGGGGGGUGGACCUCUUGGCCAAGGCUGAGGAGCAGGAGAAGCUUCUGCAGGAGUCCAAUAACGAACUGGAAGAACGUCGCAGGAGAGCGGAGAAGCUGCGGAGGGAGCUAGAGGAGAAAGAGCAAGAACGUCUGGACAUAGAAGAGAAGUACACCUCUCUGCAGGAGGAGGCUCAAGGAAAGACCAAGAAGCUGAAGAAAGUCUGGACCAUGCUGAUGGCUGCCAAAUCAGAAAUGGCAGAUCUGCAGCAGGAGCAUCACAGAGAGAUCGAGGGCCUCCUGGAGAACAUCCGGCAGCUCAGCCGAGAGCUGCGGCUCCAGAUGCUCAUCAUAGACAACUUCAUCCCCCAGGAGUACCAGGAGAUGAUAGAGAAUUAUGUGCACUGGAAUGAAGACAUUGGAGAAUGGCAGCUGAAAUGUGUGGCAUACACUGGCAACAACAUGAGGAAACAGACCCCUGCUCUAGACAAAAAAGAAAAAGAUCCGUUCGAGGUGGAUCUGUCCCAUGUGUAUCUGGCCUACACAGAGGAGAGCAUGCGGCAGUCACUGAUGAAGCUAGAGAGACCCAGAACCUCUAAAAGUGGCAAAAGUGGCCGACCCAAGACGGGGCGCAGGAAAAGAUCUGCAAAGCCAGACGCUGUGAUCGAAUCCCUCCUGCAGUGAAGACAGAGCAGAGGGGAGCUUGGUUUCCAUGCAGCUUUCGUGUCACCUUAGGAAAACAAGUGUCUGAAGAAUUUUAUUGUUGAACAUUAUUUAAAAGAUUAUCUGAAUACACUGUAUAGCUGGUAUGGUUUAAAUGUGACGGAGCAGCACCAAUGAUAGGAUUAAGACCUCUUGGCCAAAAGGACAUGCUAUUUGUAUUAUACUGUAAGGUUUCUUUAUGGAUGUUAAACAUUUCAAUCACGCUUUGAAAUGCAUUUUUGCGACAUCAGCCUCAAUAAAAAAACUUUUACCUAAGAGCCUCCGACAUUAAAGAAAAAAUAAUAACCAUAAACAUUUUUCACUUGCAUCAUUGGUUUUGAAAACACUUAUUGGACAUAAACUAUAAACUGCAUUAAUAUCUUCUGACAAUUGCUGAAUAUAUUUAACAUACUUUGCUUUUUGUGAUGAAGACUUACUCACUUAAAUUAAAGCAAUGAUUCUGCUCUGAGCACAAGCUGUAGCGUUAGUGUUUUUUCCCAUUGACUACAAGAAAUCAUAAACAUGGAGAGAAACUUAUAUUAACACUAAUAGUGAAGGAGGGAAUUUAGCAUCAUGAAACUAAAACGUGCAUUCUAUACAUUUUCCUUUGGAUUAAAGGAUAGGGGCAUGCAUGCCAGCUCUUUUGUUAGUGCCAUUUGCGUAUCCAAGCAAGUCAUCUUUUUGUUUAUUAACAAAUGUCAAUACCCUUUGUGUUAUAUUGAAAUACACUUUACAUAUUGUAUGCCUUAGGUAAAUGCACUAGUAGGAUGUUUUUGUGAAAAUAAUUUGAUUUAAUAAUGUUCUGUAGUGGAGGAUAACUGACUUUUAUUUUGUAUCAUAUUGUAUGUCAAAUGUUUACAUCCAUCAAACCCCUGGAUAUUUUAUUUAUUAAAUUAUUUUACACCUUU